AUGCAGUCUGUGUUUCUCACAGCCACGCUGCUUGCUAGCAUAUCUCUGGCCAACCAAGUCGUCUCAGAUGCACUUUAUGUGCGCAGCACCAGCAGCGGCAACGCAUUGAAACACCACUCGACCCAAACGGCACCGCUGCGGUUUAGCGACGACGGCACAUUCCAGCUGUCCAUCUUCGAAGAUCUGCACUUUGGCGAGAUUAUACGCCUGGGACUCGUGUUGGAUAAGGAGGCGCCGGACCUCGUCGUGCUCAACGGCGAUCUGAUCACGGGCGAGAGCACGUUUCUGGAAAAUAGCACGCUGUACGUGGACGAGAUCGUGGCCCCGCUGCUAGAACGCAACCUGACGUGGGCAUCAACGUAUGGCAACGACGACAACGACGUGAACAUCUUGACCGCGCUGAUCUACGCUCGGGAACACAUGUGGCCCAACUCACGCACCACCAGCAUGGUGGCCGACGCCAGCGCGGACACGUCCAAUUACUACCUGCCCGUCUACGGCUCCGACUGUGCGGCUGCCCAGAACGCGACCCUGACAGCCGACGAGGUGGCCGACCGCUGCAUGCCGGCGCUGCUGCUCUGGUUCUUCGACUCGCGUAGCGGCAGCUACUUCCAGCAGCGGGACGCCCUCGGCAACAAGGUGCCGCAACUUGACUGGGUCGACCAGAGCGUCGUCGAUUGGUUCCGCCACACUCAGGCCGCCCUGCUGACCAAGUACGGCCAGCUGGGGAGGCGCUUGCACGGCAGCAGUAGCAGCAGUGCCACCGAGCUCAUCCUUCCAUCGCUCGGCUUCGUCCACAUCCCCACGCACGCCAGCUACCUGCUACAGACUCAGACCGGCUUCGGCGUCGACCCCCACAGGGAGCCCGGCAUCAACGACGAUGACCCGCUCUCGCCCCAGGCCCAGAACUAG